AUGAGGAGAUCGAUUUCUUCGAAAGCGAAAUCGUUUCUUCAUCGGAAUCUUCUGGAUAAAGGUAACUCCGGUACUUCUCCGUCGUAUAGCAUUUGCGAUUUCUGUUUCUCGAGAAGAGCUUAUUCCGGUGGUGGUGGUGGCAGUGUUUACCGAAAGAUAUUGAGAAAUGGGCUUCGCUAUAUGAAACUAGAUGAUUCGCUUGAACUCUUCUUUCACAUGGUUCAAUGUCGUCCUCUUCCUUCAAUUGCUGAUUUCAGUAGAUUAUUGAGUGCUAUUUCGAAGAUGAAGAACUAUGAUGUUGUGAUUUAUCUCUGGGAACAGAUGCAAUCGUUGGGGAUUCCUCAUAAUCUAUGUACCUACAAUAUUUUGUUGAAUUGUUUCUGUAGAUGCUCGAGAUUCUCUCUUGCGUUGUCGUUUCUUGGGAAAAUGAUGAAACUUGGUCAUGAGCCUAGCAUUGUCACCUUUGGCUCGCUGCUCAAUGGAUUCUGUCGUGGGGAUAGGAUUUGUGAUGCUUUGUCUAUGUUCCGUCGGAUGGUGGAAAUGGGAUAUAAACCUAAUGUUGUAAUCUACAAUACUCUCAUCGAUGGUCUUUGUAAAAACAAACAGGUGGAUAACGCGUUGGAUCUAUUCAACCGAAUGGAAAAAGAUGGGAUUAGACCAGAUGUUGUUACUUACAACUCUCUCGUAUGCGGCCUUUGUAACUCCGGUAGAUGGAGCGAUGCUACUCGAAUGGUAAGCUAUAUGAGCAAGAGGGAAAUCUACCCUGAUGUAUAUACGUUCAAUGCGUUGAUUGAUGCUUGUGUGAAAGAAGGAAAUCUUUUAGAGGCUGAAGAAUUGUACGAGGAGAUGAUCCGGAGAUCUUUGGUUCCUGAUAUUGUCACUUAUAGUUUACUGAUUAACGGGCUUUGCAUGAACAGUCGCCUAGAUGAAGCAGAGCAAAUGUUCGGUUUUAUGGUUAGCAAGGGUUGCUUCCCGGAUGUAGUAACUUAUAGUAUUCUCAUUAACGGAUUUUGCAAGUCAAAGAAAGUAGAGCAUGGGAUGAAACUCUUCUGCGAGAUGUCUCAAAGGGGAGUGGUUAGAAAUACAGUCACUUACACUAUUCUUAUUCAGGGUUAUUGUCGCGCGGGAAAGCUUAAUGUUGCCGAAGAGAUUUUCAAACAGAUGGUUUUUUGUGGUGUGCCUCCUAAUAUUAUCACUUACAAUAUUUUUUUACAUGGUCUAUGUGGUAACGGGAAGAUAGAGAAGGCAUUGGUAAUAUUGGAAGAUAUGAAAAAGAGUGGAGUGGAUGCUGAUAUCGUUACAUAUAAUAUCAUCAUGGGCGGGAUGUGUAAGGCUGGUGAGGUCGAAGAUGCUUGGGAUUUAUAUUGUAGCCUCGACCACAAAGGACUUGUGCCUGAUGUUUGGACAUACACUAUAAUGAUGUUAGGAUUGUACAAGAAAGGCCUACGGCGUGAAGCGGAUGCACUGUUUAGAAAAAUGAAAGAAGAUGGGAUUUUGCCAAAUGACAGUUACGAAUAG